AUGGUGGAUAAUAAAAAAGGAAUUAUUGAAAAAAGUCGAAAAUUAGUUAUUGUGGGUGAUGGAAUGUGUGGCAAAACGUGUCUAUUGUAUGCAUUUGCUUAUAAUGAAUUUGGCCCUAAUCAUACACCAACUAUUUUUGAUACCUAUGCUGCAAGUGUACAAGUAGAAGACAAAAAAAUUACAUUGGCUCUUUUUGAUACUGCCGGUCAAGAAGAUUUUGAUCGUCUUCGUCCACUUUCUUAUAAUGAUACUAACAUCGUAUUGAUAUGUUUCAACAUAGAUAAUCAAACAUCAGCCAAAAAUGUUACUGAAAAGUGGUAUCCCGAAAUACAUCAUUAUUGUGCUACAUGUCCAGUUAUACUGGUAGGCUGUAAAAAAGAUUUAAGAACAGAUCUUAUAACAAUCACAGACUCGACAGAAAAACAUGAACAAAUGCUAUCCAUUGAAGAUGGAAAACGACUAGCUGCACAAAUUCAUGCCGAUGUUUAUAUGGAAUGUUCAGCGAAAACUCGUGAGGGUGUACAAGACUUAUUUUUUCAUGCCGCUCGUUUAUCUCUUGAAAAACGAUCUAGACAAAAUACACACCACAGAUGUUUGCUUCAUUAA